GCAUCCUUUCGGGGGGUUUACGAGACUUGCGAGUGGCAACCCUGUUUCACAAUCCAGAAUCCACUUGUGUUCCCAAUUCAAAUCCAAGAAGAAGCCUCCCGCAAAAACAAGCAUGGAACACCCCGCGAGCGGCAGUGAUGAGGACCUCAGCGACGAAGAGGCUGCUGGUGUAGCUCUAGUUGCAGUUGUUUUGGCGUCUCAGGGCAGGGAUAAGCGCAAACGUCCCAGAAGAUGGUGGGUCCGCCCUUGCUUCCAUGAAAGAGACGAGAAGGGACAGGGAACGAGCCUCGUUCCCCUGUUGCGUUCGCGGGACGUGGAGUACUACCGCGAUUUCCUCAGGAUGCCUCCCAGCGCGUUUGACACGAUCCUGGACCUGGUCCGCGACCGGAUCAAGAAAGAGGACACGAACCUCCGGAAGGCCAUUCCUCCUGACGUGCGCCUCGCACUAACGAUAAGAUUUCUUGGUGCUGGGGAGACACUACGGAGCUCAUCCUUCAACUUCCUGAUCGGAAGGUCGACCUGCUGUGGAAUUGUCUCCGAGGUGUGUACCGCCCUGUGGGAGGUGCUUGGGCCUCUUUACGUAGCCUGUCCGGAACAGCCAGAGGAGUGGAAAAAGGUCGCUGCUGAUUUUGAAGACAGAUGGAAUGUCCCAAACUGCAUAGGAGCAAUUGACGGCAAGCACGUUAUCAUUGAGUGCCCAAAGCUGUCUGGCAGCCUUAACCACAACUAUAAAGGCUCCUUCAGCAAGUCACUGCUGGCCAUUAGCGAUGCAAGAUACAGGUUUCUCUAUGUUGAAAUAGGACACCAUGGCAGUGAGAGCGACGGGGGAAUUUUCGCCCGCAGCCAGCUUCAGCGGCGCAUUAAUUGUGGGGAGCAGGGGCUGCCUCCUCCAGCGGCAGUUGGAGAGGAAGGGGACCUGCCAUACUUCUUGCUUGGGGAUGAGGCCUUUCCCCUAAAACCCUACCUCAUGAGGCCAUACCCGAGGAAAAGCCUCAUCCCAACAGCUGAGGAAAGACAGCAGUCUGCAGCUCGCCCUUCGACCAGCGCUCCCCAAGCUGGUGACCCAGUAGACGAGCAACUGCCGGACGACGACGCUGGAGACCUAUCCGACAAUGAUGAAGCCAACAGAAAGGAGCUGCGGCGUCGGCGCAAGAUUUUUAACUAUCGCCUCAGUCGUGGCCGGAGAGUAGUAGAAAACGCCUUCGGCAUCCUUGCCCAAAAAUGGCGCAUCUUGAGAAGACCCUUCCGAGCCAACGAAGAAAAUACAGACAAGAUUGUUGCGGGAUGCGUUGUGCUCCACAACUUCCUUUUAAAGGAUUCGGAGGUAUCAGCCACAUCGUACUGCCCUCCCGGCACAGCUGACCAUGAAGACUGGGAAGGACGGAGCGUCAGUGGCAGUUGGAGGGGCGAUACUGACAAUGAGAAUGCCACACUUCAAGCCCUCCCCAGAACUGGCUACAAUUCAACCAGGGAAGCCUACAGGGUGCGGGCAAAGCUCACCCACCACUUCGUGAACGGAGGAGCAGUCCCCUGGCAGGACACCAUGGUCAUGGGACCUAGUGGAAACUAAUGAAAAGAACUGCUGUUACAAGUGAUUUAUUUGUUGUUCAGGA